AUGCCCCACUUUUCAGUGGGGCACCUGAACCCAGAUGGGAGUAAGGAAGCGACUGGAGGCUUCGAUCUCAUGAUUUUGAAAACGUUGGCUUCGUCUUUCAACUUCUCCUUCAAAGUCUUUGAGCCGGCAGACGGGAGUUUUGGCAACCCGAAAUCAGACGGAACCUCGUCAGGAAUGAUCGGGAUGGUAGCGCGGAGGGAAGCCAGCUUGGCAUUUGGAGGCAUAACACUUACUGACGUAAGAGACACAGUAGUCGACUUCACCUAUCCAUAUCACUACGCCUACAUGGGCAUAUUUUCAAGAGCUCCCAAAGAAAAAAGCAGGGCUUUAGCGGUGCUGUCUCCUUUCACUCUAGAGGUAUGGAUUGGCAUCAUAUUAGCUACACUAGCCAUAGGUCCAGCACUCUUCGCUGUCACCUGGGCACGUACGCGCAUGGAAAAUUGCAAAUCCAUCAGUAGUUUACCUCAAUACACCUUCGAGAUGUUCCGGAAUCUGGUGAACCAAGGAAACUUACUCGAACCAAAAUAUCUGUCUCAGAAAAUACUUCUUCUUACCUGGUUUCUUUUCUGCCUGGUCAAUGCAGCCCUGUAUUCAGGCAUUCUUACAGCUGUCCUAGCUAUCCCCACAUUUGAGAAACCGAUAGAUUCCCUGGAAGAUCUUCCAAAAGCUGUUAAAGACGGCUUUACCCUCUGCGUCAACAGAGACACUACGAAUGAAUAUAUUUUCAGGGAUGCAGACAAAGGCAUUUACAAAGCAACGUGGGCGCUCUUUAACCAUAAAGACAGAUCAGAGAGCUUCGUCAGCGGACUUGAAGAAGGAGUUAGUCGGAUCCUCCAAGGAAAAUACGUCUACAUGGGCACCGUGGACAAAAUCCAGUACCUGGCUGCUACCUUUGGGGUCAGGAAAUUCUACUACGGAAAGCAAUUGUUCUUUUUCCAGAAUCUCGGUAUUGCUGUACCCACUGGAGCUCCUUUUAAGGAACACUUUAAUCGUGUGUAA